AGCGGUAGCAUUUUGACAGUUUGACGAAGCAGCCAGCCGCCAUUAGACAGAAAAUAUUUUUACGCGACCCAGAGGCGUAAACGAUUCCGCUGAUUCCGGUUUGAAAUCCGGAUUGUACGGUGGUUUGAUAUUUCUCGCUUGGAAGUUUGCAGACUGCGGUUUAGGAUCGCGCAGAAAUUUGAGCGAAGGAUUCGAUCGAUUCGGUCGCGGCAGGAUGGGCAAGUCGAAGAAAAAGUACGAGAGCAGCUCCAGCUCGAGCUCGUCGGACGCCUCGGAAUCGUCGGACAGUUCGAGCUCGGAGGACGUGGAGGUGAAGCGGCGCAGCCGGAAGAGUAAGAAAAGUGGCGGCGGUGGCCGCAAGCACAAGAAGAAGCACGUCAGUUCCGGCUCGGACGGGGACUCGGGCAGUGAUGGGGAGGAGGAGUCGUCCUCGGCGAAGAAGAAGCACAAGAAACAUAAGAAGCAAAAGAAGGUGAAGAAACACAAGAAGCAUAAGAGCCGGGUGGAUUCCGACGACGAGAAGCGGGUUGAGAUCGUGGAGGAGGACGAGAUGGAAGUGGUGGAGGAGGUGGUGGCCAGGAGGCACCGUACGACCUCCUCGGACGAUUACGUCAAGGCGCGACACUACGAAUCGUCGAUUCAUUCGCGGGAUUCGCGGAGGGAACCGGUUCCGAAGCAUCCCUCGUCAAAGUGGGACAGCCCGGCGGACGGCGGGGACUACAGGGGUCAUCGGAAGCGGUCGCCUUCACCGCGCGUUCCCCAGUACGACGAGUAUCGUGGGAAAGCGCCGCGGUCUCCGCCUCCUCCGGUGCGUGGUUCUCCUGGCCGCGGGACAUCUUCCCGCCGGGUGGCCGAUGACUAUCAGCGGGGCAAGUCGUUGCAUCAAGGAAGGGGGCCGGAGCGGGGUGGAGGUCCUCGCGGAUAUGGGGAUGAGCGUCGGCCGGUUUCGCCGCCGAUGCCACCGCAAGAACGCAGCUGGGACAGACGAGGCGGAGAUCGGUUCGAGGAGGAGCGCAACUUCCGCAAGCCGUCGCCCGGUCAGGCUAGGCGAGGAGGACGGUUCGAGCAGCAUGACGAGCGUGGCGGAGGGUUCGACGGAGGACGUCACGGGUCGUCGGGCCAUCAACAUCGGGGAGGCGGCGGCGAUCGGUACGAAGAGUUCUCCGGUCGAGAUCGCGCCCACCGGGAUCACCGCUCCUCGCGGGGCAGCCAUCGGGAAGAAUACCACCAUCCGGAAGAGCGCGGUGCGGCUCCUCGCCGUCGGAACUCUCCUCCAAUGGGCGGCGGACGAGGAAGUCCCCCGGCGCCGCCACCCUCCCGGGAUCGUCGCGAGCGCAGUCCCCUGCACGGUCAUCACGAGCCACCGCCAAGCCAUCACGGCCACGGCCAGCAUGACUUCCGCGGUGGUUCCGGCUAUCGGGGUGGCGAUCGGUACGACGGUGGCCCACCUCCGGCCUGGAUGGAUCGCGGUGGCGGAGGCCGAUUCAACCGUGGACGUGGCGGCCCGUUCCGGGGCGGUCGCGGCGGCAUGGAACACGGAGGUCGUCGGAACUACCCCGAUGACCAGGGUGGUUUCGACCGGGAAAUGGACUCCUACCGGAAGCCUGGCCCCAACUGGGAGGGUGGCGAGCGCAGAGAGCGAGGUCCUCGGUCACCGCGUGGACGGUCCCCGUCGAGGUCGAAGUCUCGCGAGCGGAACGGGAAUCGCAGUCGUGGUGGGCGGAUUAGUUCGCCGGCGCCGGUGAAGGUGGAACGUAGCCGCAGCGGGGAGGCUCCGUUGCCGCAGCGUCAGCCGCGAGGCAAGUUCCCGCGCAAGGAGGAAAAGGAGGACGACGGAGCGGACUACGAGUGGGGCGGUGGCAAGCGGAAGCAGCCCAAGCGCGAACCGGGUCGCGGCGGUGCAAGCGAAGAGUCCGACGGGGGCGACAACAGCAAGGACAAGGAGGAGGAACCGGUCGAGAAGGAAAAGCCCAACUUUGCCCUGUCCGGCAAGCUCACCGAGGAGGUCAACAAGGUCAACGGCGUGGUCAUAAAGUACGCCGAACCGGCCGAAUCGCGCAAACCCAAGCGCCGCUGGCGUUUGUACCCGUUCAAGGGCGAGCAGGCCCUGCCGACGCUGUACAUCCACCGGCAGAGCUGCUACCUGAUUGGGCGCGACCGGAAGGUGUGCGAUCUGCCGAUUGACCAUCCUUCCUGCUCGAAGCAGCACGCCGCGUUGCAGUACCGACUGGUGCCGUACGAGCGCGAAGACGGAACGAGCGGGAAGCGCGUCCGGCCGUACAUUAUCGACCUGGAGUCGGCCAACGGGACGUUCGUGAACAACAAGAAGGUCGACACGAAGAAGUACAUCGAGCUGCUCGAGAAGGACGUGCUCAAGUUUGGGUUCAGCUCGCGCGAGUACGUCCUGCUGCAUGAGAACAGCAAGGAGGACGAGGAAGAUGACGACGUGGUCGAGGACAAACCUCCGGCACCGGCUGGCGGUGGAGGAGCUAGCAACGGUGGAUCGAGGGGCAAGCGCGAUCAAAGCGAGUAGGACAGAUUGUCGACAUAGCGGAUAAGCAGCAAAACAAGUAGCAACUUACUGAAUUGUAGAAAUUAUGACUCCCACAACAUCUGAAUGUAGCUAGCACCAGAGAGAGAAAUUGUGCAGCGAACAACUGAAGCAUCGUGACAACAGCAACAAUCCCCAAAAUGUUUUAACCAACUCAAACUCACUGAAUAUCUGAAGUUUCAAAUAAAGUAUCGUAACCAACAACCACAAAACCAAACCGUCCAAGGCAUCGUCCAAGCUGUUUCACCUCUGGGGAAGAAGGAGGAGGAGGAGGAGGAGCGCACCCAAUCAAAACGCCGUCGAACCAAUCUGUGAUAACCCGAAACCGUCCCCAGUAGUUUGUGGUUGCGUCCCCACCCAAGGAUUCGCUUUCCCUUCUCCUAGAUUGCAGUGCUGUUUUGUUCGUGCGUAGCAGAAGAAGGCGAAGAAGCGGCAGCAGCUGAAAGUCAGUCGUCGAAGUCGACUUCAGGAUGGCGAUGACGGAUUUACUACUGUUGUGAAGAAAGGCAAAGCAAAGCGGCAGUUGGAAGAGAAGAAAUCAGCUGAAGAAAAAGGAUCGUACUUUGACGACAAAUCAUCAACGCUCGAGAACGAACAACGCAAUGAUAACAGUCAUCGGAUUGAACAACCAACAAACACACCAAAGAGUCAACAUGAGAAGUCAACUGUUUUACGUUGGACUACCUCUGGGAAGACUUGGCCAAAUUAUGGUAACGAAGCAGAGCUAAACAAUCAUCGUUUAACAUCGACUGUGAAGGAGUUUGUGCUAAAAGACAGACAGACAGAUUUUCAACAGGUCUUCCGAUGGCAGUAACAUGAUCGCAGUAAGCGUGGAGUUUGCAAUGGACGUAAACUUCAAGUAGGAACUUCAAGGAAAAUUUUUCACCCCUCUAUCUGUGGAUGGCGAUUAGUUCGAAUAGAUUAACAAGUUCGUGGUAAAUGCUGAAAACGACACCGGUGAAUCGAAUCUACGCUGGACAUCGUGCCUACUUUGGAUUGCAGAAAACCCUGACAUCUGAUAAAGUGUGAUGCUUCACUGAUUUGACCGGUUAUCAUCAACGGCAACGACAUCUGAACAAAAGACUGCACGUGUGUCGAACGGAACGAAUAUAAUAAAUCGAAACGUCGUACAUGUAACAAACAACGGUUGUAGCAUCUCUUCAGGCUGCUUUUUGACUCCAUCCAGACGGCACAGUAAAGGUUAAAAAGCAGCAUAACAAUUAACACAAUCGUGACUUCUCAUCAGGGCGGACCCGGCUAGGCUGGGGUUCAAGAAUAGUUGAGCAAAAAAGAAGAAAGUAACCUACCAUGUCGAGCUGAAUCUACCAGGAUCAACGGAACGCAACUGCUGUUAGGAGACCAUAACUUAGCACCAGAUCCAGACAAUCUUCUAUAGGUUUACAAAACUGUCAGCUGAUUUAUUCCAACAUCAUCAACGUGCAACGUCUACUACUUCCGGUUAAAAGCAGCAGAAACAUCAACUUUAUAGGAGGUUAACAAAUUCAACACAGCUGACUACCAUAAGAAUUCCAGCGUAAAACAAUGCCAAGACUUUCCCAGUGAACUCCUUUUCGCGUGUCGUGAUUAUUGACUACUUUGAGGUCUCUACGACUUCCCGUCUUCUUUAGGAGUGGCGCUUAAGGCAUCUCACUUUACCAACGGAGAGCUCGAAAGGUUGGCGAGCUGCAACUGGCGUACCGGAUAGCAAUAAACUGUCAAGUCUUCAAAAGAGAUAUUCUACAAGGCGGCCAUCUGCAAUUAUGUUUUUGGAGCAGCACAAGCGAUUAAACCUAGUCAGUCAACGCUCGUUUAAUUCAUAUUCAUGUUAUGUGGCAGUCCGAGAGAUCGUCAUCAGUCCCUAGAAAAAUGAAUAUUGGCGGUGCACUUCGCUCAUCAAUGCAAAUCAGGAAUUCAUCAGAACUCAUCGAAUCAGAAUGUUUGUUCUUCUCGAGAUUCUUUAAUGAAGUAGCGGUAGAAAUCAUCGAAAAUUAUGUAAAAAUCAGCGACGAGGGAAUUGCUGAUUCAAACCAUGCUGAAUGCAGCUGACAAGUGCUGGAGCAGAAAUGUUAAGCCUACAGAAAUUCGUGGAAUUUCGAACCAAAGUCGUUUUUCAUCGAGGAUAAGUAUUUCAUUCUAUCUCAGUAGAACAUCCGGACGAGUACAGAAGCAGAGCAGUAUUCAUCAAGGAAUCAUCGUGUGAAAAAAAAUACAGACCAACGGAUGUCGACACUUUGUGCACAAAGAACAAGUCGAGAAUUGAGACGAAUUGAUCGUCAAAAUAAAACAACCUUCAUCCAUUGAAAUCAGCUAGAGACGGAAGUCAUCGAACUCGUCAAUUCUACGAAGCCUGCAUCUCUAGCCACGGUUUCGAGGCCGAAUUUACAAGCGAUUAAGAAACUUCAUUCCAAGUUAUCCAGUUAAGAGAGAUUCCGCAAGCAUCAAGUGAUUCUCGCAUAAAACGGAUAUUGAUACUCAGUGCCAGAAACCAUCUUCUUAAAUAGAUGCUCACAGGCAUCUAAUACUUGAGACUGAUCAAACAACGUAGACCAAAUCGAAUAGCGGAUUCCAGAUUCCGAUCAACUAGCAUUUUUCUAAAAAGCGAUAUUUUAUUAAACUCGUCUAUAAGAUCGAUCUACCUCAAAGUGAAACAUGGAUCCAAGAUCGAAUAUGGCUCGUCUAACAAUAAGCAGUCAACAUUCCAUACCGUAAGAUUUCGUUUACAUCGUUAUCAAACAAAAUCCAUGGCGGUUCUGUGAAUUUUCGGAGGAUCUCGGGAUUCAUCAUAAUAUAUUAAAUAAUUUCGUAGCAAUUCAACGCAAUCUCCUCAACUAGAACCAGCAAGAUCAACACGAAGAAAAAUGCAAACGAGAUACGAGACAAAAGAAGCAGAGAUCAUCCAUCGACAGCAGAUACUUCGCAGCCGACGCCGGUUAACGAUCGUGCCCCUACGAAGAGUUAAUUUUGUUCAAACCGCA